GUGACGUGUGACGUCACUCUCGCUCGCGACCGCUUUUGAUAAUAAUGUGGAUGUGGUAUGCAAGAUGGCCGCGUAGUUAGUGUUGUGUGUGGCAGUUGCUGUGAAUCGAAUGGAUUUUCGUGUGGAAUAAUGCCGAGAAAGCGGAACGGUGAGAUACCCCUGCCCGAAGGUUGGGAUUACGGACGGGACUAUGACGGGAAAGUAUACUUUAUCGAUCAUAUCUCAAAGAAAACCACUUGGAUCGACCCCAGAGAUAGGUAUACGAAACCGCAAACGUUCGCAGACUGCAUAGGAAAUGAGCUGCCCUUAGGGUGGGAAGAGGCCUUCGAUGGCCAAAUAGGACCUUAUUAUAUUAAUCAUACGAGUCAAUCAACGCAAUUAGAAGAUCCUAGGCAAGAAUGGAGGGCGAUACAAGAAGCUAUGCUACGAGAAUACCUGAUGACUGCUCAAGAUGUUUUAGAGGCUAAAAAAGAUAUAUACUACGUAAAAUCACAACGAUUAAGGUUAGCCGAAGAUGAAUAUUUGCAUCUCAACAAUGCUCUCACAACACUCACAACAUCUAGGACUAGUCUAUGUUCAUCUAGCAGUAGUGUUAGUACAAAAUAUGAUCCGGAUCUGUUGAAGUCAGAUGUAGCGCUAGCCAAAAGUAGGGUGUCCAGGUUAAAGUCUGAAUUGGAACAAAUUAGGAACGAAAUGACGUUCACGCAGAGGGGCGUUGAAACAUUGACAAACGUCGAACAGAAACUGAGCACGCAACAAGGCGCCUGUUACAACAUAUCCGAGGCCCAAGCGAUAAUGGCCGAACUGAGGAACAUCCAGAAAUCGCUGUCUUCCGGCGAGAAAGAAAAGGCGGACUUGAUGCAAUCGCUGGCGAAGCUCAAGGACGACCUGACGAGGCUGCAGCUGAGCGAGAGUUCGCUGGACGUAUCUACUUUCAGUUUGCCCCAGGAGAAGCUGAGCACGGCUUCGCAGACGGACCUGUCGUGCGAUUUGGUGCCUAUCGGCACGAGGCUGGCCGAAAUGGCCAAGAUGAGGUUGGAGUAUGAUGAAGCUAGGAAAAAAGUACAACAUAUUCAACAGAAAUUAGCCGAUUUAGAGGAGAAGGUGCAACCCGGUCAAGUGGAGUCGGAUCGGGACAGACUGUUGCUGUUCCAAGAGAAGGAGCAACUGCUGAGGGAAUUGAGGAGUAUCACGCCAAGAAUGAGGUCGAAGGAAGAGAUGAGCGGGAUACAGAUGGAGUGCAAAAGGUUGGAGCAAGACCUGAACAAGGCGUUGGAGAUGUCGAAUCGCGCGAUAGCGGACAGGUUGAGGCUGCACGAGGAGAAGCAGCUGUUAUUGCAGCAGCUGAAAGACGGACUGCGACAGAUGACGCAGCUGGAAUCGCAGCUGAAAACGCUCUCCGCCAGCACGUUGUCGGUCAGCAGCAGUUCUAGUCUUGGAUCGUUGUCCACCACCAGCAGCAAAGGUUCGCUGAGCUCCGGCUUGAGCUUCACGGACAUCUACGGCGGUCCCCAAUGCACGGGUCCCGCCACCUGCGAGAAGCCGAUAGACAUGGCUGACCUGCAUAGGAGGGUAGAAAGACUUCUUGCGGGAGGAGGUGGCAGUACCGGUGCAGGAGAUAGCGGCUCUUCACCCGGAAGGUCCCAACCUUCCCUGUCGCCCCGCAGUUCCCUGUCAUCCGUGUCACCACCGGUGUCUCCGAUGUACGAGAACCUGCCUUGCAACGCCGCCAUGAUGGCCGCCGCCGCGGCGGCUGCCGCUCAGCAACCGCCGCCCCCCGCCUACGAACAGGUCGAAAGGGACAGAAGGUUGAUGAUGCAACAAAACGAACAAGACUUUAGACAGAACGCUAGUAGCACCAACGUAGGAAGCGGUACCAAUAGCGAGUACUUCCAGCAACACCAACAUUAUAGCAGUUUCCCUCCGUCGUCGCAACGUGUUUCCGUGCCGAGCCUGUCGCCGUUAACCGACCUGCUGGAAGCGCAAGUGAACAUGUCGCAGGGCAGCGGCCUAGGGCGGCCGUCUCCCUCCACCGCCCGCCCCUAUUCGUACGACUGCGAGCCGCCCUUGUCGCCGAUUUCGGAAACGCCGCCCCCGCAGGCUCAGCACCACCACCACCACCAUCACGAUGACGUUCUGCUAGCGGCUGCCGCGCUAUCCAGGACUUCUUCGUCGGGCACCAACACGAGGUCAGUAUCAGCCGCGGUGAGCGACGAAUCGGUGGCCGGCGACAGCGGCGUGUUCGAAGCGUCCAACCGCAAGAGGGCGCCAGGUGGAGGUGUUGCUCAACUCGGCGUUGAAGUUGACGCGGACACGGCACAAGUACAAAUCAAGCUAAAGUACGUCACUAGCGACAGCAUGCUGAUAGUCACUAUCGAAAAGGCCAGGAACCUCGACGCGCUCUUCGUGCCUAACGAUACGCAAGUGUAUAUAAAGACGGCGCUGCUUCCGGCGAAUCCGGAUAAAUCAGUAUUCACCACGAAAUGCGUGAAGGAUUUGAGGAAGGCCAUUUUCGGCGACAUUUUCAAUAUCUCAGUACCUGCCAAUAAAAUCUUCUCGAAGACGUUGCAAGUCAACGUUUGGAACAAGAUCGAAGAUACAGAAAAAUGCGUGGGAUGUGCGCAAGUGAGCCUGGCCGAUCUGAACGUGAACAGCGUCUCGCAGAAAUGGUACAACAUCCUGAGCUUGCAAGACGAGAUGCCUCGGCCGACAGACAAACAGACGACGAGUCAACACGCGAAGCAAGAGUCCGACGUAUCCAAGCAAAGCGGACCCGAGGAUUCUGACGAUUCGACGAUCUCCCAAACGUCGACGUUAACCAGGAACCAAGCCGUCUUUCCGCAGAUCAGCCUGCUGGAAAAUUCGGACGACUCCACCAUAUCGCAAACGUCAACGUUGACGCGCGGUCAGGAGACCAUCUUCCCUCAGUUGAACCUCAGCGAGCUGUACAACUGCCUGAGGAACACCAAAGGAUACGUGAGCGAGUCCGAAGACGACCUGGACGAAUGCGACGAGGAGGACGACGAGGAGGACGAAGACGAGGACGUCGAAGAGGAGGAAGAGGAGGGGAUAACGGUGGAGUUCCGCCCGAACGCCGGCGAACGAUUGGACGUCGUUCACGAGAGGGCGGAGCAUCUCGCCGAAGAGGAGGAGCCGCCGGAGUACACGGACAAACAGACGAACACCGAGUGCACGUUCUAUCCGGAGCACGCGAAGCAGAUGAAGUUGCAGGCGCAAGCGGCUGGAGCGAACGGCGCGGCGACUGUCGUCGAGGAUAGGGGGGCGAUCAAGAGGUCGCAGACGUUCUCGCCAAGUGCACAGGUAUCUAAAAACCAGUACAUCUGCAAGUUGAACCGGAGCGAUAGCGACAGCGCGAUGCCCUUGUACAGGCGGGGCAGCAAACCUUUCGAGAGGCACGCCGUGGAAAGGAGGUCGCUGAGGUUCAGGAGGCCGGGAUCCAGCGUGCAGCUGUGCAGCACCAAAGCCAAAUCCAACGCGCCUGCCACCGCUAGGACAUCCUUGGACCUUGAGCUCGAUCUACAGGCGCAACAUACGCGACUGGAGAUGCUGAACUCCGAACUGGACAGGCUGCGCGAGCUGAAGCAGCGACUCGAGGAAGCGAAAGAACGCGGCGACACGGAAGUGGCCGCUUACCUUUUGGAAGACGAGCAGUUCCAGCGAUUGAUGGCGCAUGCGGAGAGCAGAGCGGCGAGCAAAACGCCGGAGGAGAGGAAAGUCGAGAAAAUGCUGAGGAAAGUCAGCAAGGAGAUAUACAAGUUGAGGAAAUCGAAGGCGGGCAACGGAAAACCGGACCUCAUUUCAUUCAAAGAGAAAAUGGCCUUUUUCACGCGUCCCAGCACGACAGUGCCCUAUUUGUCGAGCAACAACAGCGGCGUGGACGCAACGUGCCAACAGACUGAAGACGCCAACGAUGGCGAUAAAAAAGCGUUGAACUACGUCGUAGACAGAGAAAUGGGCGUCGAGGUUUAGUGUGAUUAGAUAUUUUUUUUUAUUUAGGAUGGAACGUGGAAUGAUCAAAGAGGGCGAGACGCUUGCAAGAAUGUACAAGCGACAAACACUCAUUUUUCUAGAUGUUGUUAUAAAUUUAAUGGGCCACACUUUGUGCCUUUGAGGGCUUUUUUCGGGAUUUAAUUAAGAUUUAAAAACGAUUUAUUUAUUUUGAGGAAUUUAAAAUCAUGACUUUUAGUGGAGUCAAACUCGCUAACUACAGCAUAGAAUAUUACAUUAAAUAUUGUUUCAUAUGAAAUAAUGCAAAGAAGUUUUAUUUAAAUUGCAGCAAAUAUUGUUUUUCCAAGAUUCAAAAUUCAUAUCCAGCCACUAUCUAACCAGCUGCAAUCCAAGUUGAUUAUUUGGAACUGUGUGGUGACUGAAGGAAUAAUUUAACUUAUUCCUUUCACACCAAGCCUCCAUCUCAUCAAAAACUGUCAAAAUGUAUAAAGUUCUUCAACGGAACUGCCAGAAACCGUGAGUGUAGUAUCAUCGACAAACGUUGUGACUUUACCCUUCGAAAUGGUCAUUUAUGAAGUGUAUAAAUAACAACGGUCCCAACACUGAUCCUUGCGGUACACCAAGGUAAAAUGGGUUUCUAUCAGACAUUAAUCUAUCAAUUUUCAUCUGUUCGAUAGGUAUGAUUCGAUCCAGUUAAAAUAAGACGUCUAAGACCAAGCGAAUGUAGUUUUCAUAGUAUUAUAUCCUUACUUAGGCUGUCAAAAGGCGUCGAUCAAUCAAAUGUGAGACUUGCAACGAAAUUACCUUGAGCUGGUUCUAAGAAGGAUAAAUCAUACAUUUUGCAGCGAUCUGCCCUCGAAUCGUUGUGAAUGUUUUUAUACUUUCCAAUUCGGAUGCCAAUUGAAGGAAUUGUUAACGAGGUGGCGUCAUAUAAAGUGUUCUUAUUACAUAUUAAUUAUAUCAAGAUGCGUUGGACUGUGAAUUUGUUUAUAUUAUAUAUUAUCCUAUAGGUGUUUUAUUAUUUAGUAUGGAUGUUAUUCGCAAAGAUAUAGAUGAUAUAUAUAUAUAUUUUCAGAUUUCCCUAUUUAUAGCUUUCAACUAUGUGAUUCAGUGCCUUGAGAUCUGAUCAUUUCCUUUUUUAAUAUUUGAAAUACUCAGAACGUUCGCGUAACGCUUUGUACUAUAUCUUAGGAGCAAUUUUUUUAUUUAGACGAAUUUAAAAAAUUGCGCACUUCUUGCGUCCUCUUAUUUAUGUAUAUCAAUGUUGAUACAUAUUAUUUUAGUACAAUCUUUUUUUAACCUUGUUACCAUACCUUUUUUAAAGUUAGUUACUUUUUUAAUUUUCUUACUAUUUAUAACUAUCGACGUUUUCGCAUCGAAUUCAAAGGCUACAGGUGAAACUACAUAUGAAAAUUAAACUCAGAGGUAUCCAAAUCUGAAUCAAUUUAAAUUGAGGUAUAUUGGGCCAAAAUGCCGUUUUUAGAUCUAAUCUCAAAAACGUAUUUUUUCGAAAAUAUUUUUUUACGGGCGCAACUUUGCUUAAAAAAAUCGAAAAAUAAGCGAAAAAUACGAAUAACCGCAUUUUCACCGAUUUUCCAAUUUUAGACAUUUUUGUAAUUUCGCUUAGUAUAAAAUUCAACAUACAUAAGUAUUUUUAUCGAUUCUCACAGGUUCCACAAAGAAAAUUUCGUCACCCGGAAAAUGUUCAAAAUUUCAUUUUCAAAAUCGUAUUUCUUCGAAAAUAAUUUUUUCCGGGCGCAUCUUUGCUUAAGAAAAAUGAAAAAACAAUCGAACUGUUAGAUCUCAUUUAGCUGUGAUUUUUAUAGAUUUGUGGUUCUAGAAAAAUAUUUUUUUUUGAAUUUCUUUUUAAGAAUGUCGCACAUUUGAAAACCAACCACUAUCAGUGCUUUCUUGGAAUAUUUUCACAUCCUUUAUCUAAAUAAUUGAUUGUUUUCCGGAAAAUCGGAGAAAACAGUAAAAACCGCAUUUUUACCGAUUUUUCACUUUCAGACUUUUUGUCGAUUCUUUCAGGUCCCACAAACAAAAUUUCACCUGGAGAAUUUCUACUUGAAAAACGAUUUUUUUUAAAAAUAAUUUUUACGGGCGCAUCUUUGCUUAAAAAAAAAUAACUGAUUCUACAUCGUUGUUGAUUUUUCAUAGAUUUGUGGUUCCAGAAGAAUAUUUUUUUCAGAAUUUCGCAAAUUUGAAAACCAAUCACUAUCAUUGCUUUCUUGCGUUAUUUUCAAAUUCCUUAUCAAAAUAAAGAAUUUUUGCCCGGGAUAUCGUCGAAAAUAGGAAAAACCGCGUUUUCACCGAUUUUCCAAUUUUAGACAUUUUUAUAAUUUCGCUUAGUUUAAAAUUCAACAUACAAAAGUAUUUUUAUCGAUUCUCACAGGUUCCACAAACAAAAUUUCGUCACCCGGAAAAUGCUC